GAGCGGCGGAAGCAGCUGGCUAGCGCGGGGACGUGGGGAGGGGGCGAGCCUUGAAGAUGGCGGCAGUGGUGGAGGUGGAUGUUGGAGGAGGUGCUGCUGCGGAACAGGAGUUAGAUGAGGUUGAUAUGUCAGAACUCUCACCAGAAGAGCAGUGGAGGGUUGAACAUGCGCGCAUGCAUGCCAAACAUCGUGGCCAUGAAGCCAUGCAUGCUGAAAUGGUCCUCAUCCUCAUCGCGACCUUGGUGGUAGCUCAGCUGCUCUUGGUGCAGUGGAAGCAAAGGCAUCCCCGCUCCUACAAUAUGGUGACCCUCUUUCAGAUGUGGGUUGUUCCCCUCUAUUUCACAGUGAAGCUGCGCUGGUGGAGGUUCCUAUUGAUCUGGAUCUUCUUCUCUGCUGUCACAGCCUUCGUCACCUUCCGAGCCACACGGAAACCUCUAGUACAGACAACCCCAAGGUUGGUUUAUAAAUGGUUCCUGCUAAUAUAUAAAAUCAGCUAUGCUACUGGCAUCGUUGGCUACAUGGCUGUCAUGUUUACGCUCUUUGGUCUUAAUUUACUAUUCAAGAUUAAACCAGAAGAUGCCAUGGACUUUGGUAUUUCUCUCCUCUUCUGUGGCCUCUACUAUGGAGUUCUUGAGCGAGACUUUGCAGAAAUGUGUGCAGACUACAUGGCGUCUACAAUAGGGUUCUACAGUGAGUCAGGCAUGCCUACCAAGCACCUUUCCGACAGCGUGUGUGCCGUGUGCGGACAGCAGAUCCUUGUGGACGUCAGUGAAGAGGGCAUCAUUGAGAACACGUACAGGCUGUCCUGCAAUCAUGUAUUCCACGAAUUCUGUAUCCGUGGCUGGUGCAUUGUGGGGAAGAAGCAGACAUGUCCCUACUGCAAAGAGAAAGUAGACCUGAAGAGGAUGUUCAGCAAUCCCUGGGAGAGGCCUCACGUCAUGUAUGGGCAGCUGCUGGAUUGGCUUCGAUACUUGGUAGCCUGGCAGCCUGUCAUCAUUGGCCUCGUGCAGGGUAUCAACUACAUCCUGGGCCUGGAGUAGUUGGACAUUGCACCAGUGGAGAACCCACCCCACCCACUACGGACCUCAGGGCGCUCUCUCCCCUGCCUACAAAGACCUCCUGGGUGGGAAAGACUCAAAGGGUGCUUGGGCCACUCAGGACCCCCCUGGCUGUGUCUGGCCUGGGGAGGGAUAUGAUGGAGAGCCAGCCAGUGGGGCUGUCAGCAGUGGGGGGCUUUUUAAAAGAAAACUAUUUUGAUGAAUAUAUUUAAAGAAAAAACUUUUUUUAUUGUGGAAUACAGGAGUUGCCCCCCUCUAGGCCUCACCCUGCCUGAGCAGGUUGGGAGUAGAGCCAUGACAUUUUUGGUUUAAAGGAGCCUUUGCACCUUUGGGUGAGAGCACUGGUGGAUUCUCAGUGGCUGAGGACCUCAGUACAUCCACUCUGCUUCCUUUCCAUCUGCCGGGCUCAAGCUUGGGCCACUCAGUUUGGAAAAGCUGAAGAGCUCAGACUGGUGGCUCAGAUGAGCAUUGAGCGGGAAGAUGUCUUCCCUCCUGCCCCAUCUGGGGUAUAGGACAUGUUGUGUCUAGCUCUGCCUCCUCAGCAGACACUGUCCAGGAGCUAAGGGCCGGGCAAGGCACUGGAAGCUUCAUCAGUGACUUUUUCAACAAGGGAGGUCCUGGAACUUCGAUGUGUUUGGGACAACUGGAAGAAUCAUCAGCAUGGAAAAUCCACCCCUGAGCAGGACUGGGGUCAGCCAGAAAUAGAGGCCUUCUAUAUAUAGUUGGGUGGAGGGCACAGCUUUUAGCAACAAUGACAGAGCUUCUUGUGCAAGCGGAUCCUUUGACCUGAAAGUGAUGACGUGCCAAAGGCCACUCUACUGUAUCACUUCCUUUCUGAAAGCCUGCGGGAGAAUUUGUGUGUGUGUGUGUGCAUACAUGUACGUGCAUAGCAGGGCUGGCUGUCCCAGAUAUCUGUCUGUCCCUGUCAGCAGACAGUGACUUUAUCCUUGAAGCAGGGGAUUCCCAGCCCAGGAGAUAUCUCUGUGUGAGCUGCUUUCCUGGGCUCUUCUGCACUGCUCAACAGGAAGGGUAGGUGGGUGGGAAGAAGGACAAGGCCUAGGUGUCUACUACAGAUUCUAAAAGGGGCUUCCAGACUGAGCUCAGCCUUGGUCCUGGGAGUUUUGGAGAACAUAGGAGAGCUGUGGGCACUGGGUUUCUAGGGAAUUGGACCCAACAGGGCCUGUCCCUUAAAGGCCAGUGAGAGCCAAGCAGGGUCUCGUCAUUCUCAUCCAAAUAAAGCUCCAUGAGCUGGGUUGGAAAGCUGAA